CCCGGAAGUAAGCAUAAUUCCCAAAGAUGGCGGAACAAGGUCCGAUGGCCAUAGCGAUGCGGCUACGAAAUCAGCUACAGUCCGUCUAUAAACUGGAUCCGCUGAGGAACGAGGAGGAGGUGAAGUUAAAGAUUAAGGACCUAAAUGAACACAUCGUGUGCUACCUAUGUGCGGGUUACUUCAUAGAUGCAACAACAAUUACGGAGUGUUUGCACACCUUCUGUAAAAGUUGUAUUGUAAAGUACCUCCAAACGAGCAAGUAUUGCCCCAUGUGUAAUAUCAAAAUACACGAAACCCAGCCUCUACUCAACCUGAAGCUGGACAGAGUGAUGCAGGACAUCGUCUAUAAACUGGUGCCCGGGCUGCAAGAAAGUGAAGAUAAAAGAAUAAAGGAGUUUUAUCAGUCACGGGGGUUAGAGAGAGUCAUCCAGCCAUCAGGAGACGACUCUAUACCUGAUGCUACGGGUUUACCGUAUACAAGCUUUGACCAUUCAAAAGCGCAUUUCUACAGAUAUGAUGAGCAGGUGUCACUCUGUUUAGAAAGACUAAGUUCAUCACUUUCUGGAAAGGACAAGACAAAGCUCACACUCCAGCAGAAGUUUGUUCGCUGCUCUGUCCGAGCAGAGGUGAGGCAUCUAAGGAAGGUUCUCUGUCAUCGACUCAACGUUGAGAAACACCAGGUCCAGAUGUUGUUUAACAAUGAAUCUCUGCCUGAUCACAUGACCAUGAAGCGGUUAUGGCUCUCACACUGGUUUGGAAAGGCCCAGCCGUUGGUGCUGCACUACACCAUCAAGGACAAAAGGAACAGAUAGGACUGGUUUUCACUCGGGACAGCUGUACAUAUUUUGUACAAUACAUAUUCUAUUUUAAUAGUGUUUGUGUACAUAUACUUAUUUUCCUUGUUUUGUAUUUUUGAAAAUAAAUUUGAAAUGGGAAAAAUU